GCCGCUGUCCCAUCCAUCCAUCCACCACGACGCUUAUAUCCGGGUCAACGGACAGAGCUGGUGUACCUGCGUCGUCUCACUCGCGGACCUGGCUGAAUUCGGUGUAUUAUAUAGUUCAUCGUGUAAAGCAAAUGUCCCAACUUCUGAAAGAGAUCCUGUCGGCUUCACCCUGAGAUCCGUCCACAUACCUCUGCUUGGGAGAAAAACCAAAACACAUCUCUGACCAGAUGUGUCGACCACAGUGUGAGACGGUUUCUAUUUUAGGAAGCAGAAACGAUUCUUCAGGGAAUAAGAGGGUUUUCCAUUGUGACCUCCCAGGUGGGGUUUGAGAAAGAGAGGUCAAAGACUCACCACCCAGCGUCAGUGGGAAAAAAAGAUCUCACAAUAAAAUGUGACUCUCGUCUUCGUCCAACUCGCUGGGCAAUCUCUCCAACAUUCCUUCUUGUUUGUCGUCAUGGUGCCAGCAGGACAGCCCCGCUAUAUAAGGUCCUCCUCGCCGCAGUCCUGAGCCAGAACGACAAAGAGAGAACAACCUUCUGCUACGCCACAGCCAGAGAAGAAGGCGCAUUUCACCCUGAACCAAAGGACUCGCAUCAGAUCCUGUUAAGACAACUCAACACUUCCUUGACUGCAGAUACUUUUUGAUUCUGCUCUUCUUAACAUGAAUAUGUCCAGUAUUUCGAAGAGAGCUCUAUUUGUCAUUUUUUUAACAGCACAGGUGUUAACAGUAGUCUGGUGCCAGGCAUGUCCCCGGAGAUGCCAGUGCCCUAAGGAGCCCCCCAUGUGUCUUCCUGGGGUGCCCCUGAUCCUGGACGACUGUGCCUGCUGCCUGGUGUGCGCUCGUCAGAAAGGACAGUUCUGCUCUGAAAUGAACCCCUGCGACACACGUAAAGGACUGCAGUGUGACUACACAGCCGACGUCCACAAGAGGACCGGUAUCUGUGCAGCUCCUGGGGGGGUUGUGUGUGUUUUGGGUGGUGCCGUCUACCAGAACGGCCAGACCUUCUUCCCCAGCUGCAAGUACCAGUGUAUGUGUCGCGACGGACAGAUCGGCUGUGUGCCGCGCUGCAACCUGGACGUGAUGUUGCAGGGGCCCGACUGCCCCAUGCCACGGAGGAUCCAGGUGCCCGGGGAGUGCUGCGAGAAAUGGGUGUGUGAGCCCCAAACUGAGGCCAGUGCACUGGGCGGCUUUGCCAUGGCGGCCUAUCGUCAGGAAGAGACGGUGAGCUUCGACAAUUGGGACCCGAGCCUGAAUUGCAUUGAGCAGACCACAGAGUGGGGUGCCUGCUCCCAAAGCUGUGGCAUGGGGGUGUCCACCAGAGUGACCAAUAAGAACCGUCGGUGUGAAAUGGUGAAGCAAAGCCGACUGUGUAUGAUCAGACCCUGUGACAACCUGCAGGACCAGAUGCAGCUGGCACAGCUUUCAACAAAGAGAGGCAGCAAGUGCCAGAGGAUGGUGAAGAGCAACGAAGCCGUCCACCUCUCCUAUAAGAACUGCACCAGUGUCCAGGCCUACAAGCCUCGCUACUGUGGCUCCUGCACAGACGGACGCUGCUGUACCCCCCACAGAACCAAGACGGCCCUGGUGGACUUCCAGUGUGCCAAUGGUAAAACCGCCAGGAGGCCGGUCAUGGUGAUCCUGACCUGUGCUUGCCACAGCCACUGCCCCCGAGACAACGCUGUGUGGCAGCCCUCAGGGCUGGGAUACAGCAGCAUGAGGUUAUAGGUCAUAGUCACUAUCAGAUAACAAUGAGGUUAUAAUGUAGAGUCAAUCUAGAUUGUAGCUGAAGACUGGGUCUCUAAAUGUAGGGAUUCCUUGAGGUUGUGUGAAGCACGUUAGCAUCCUUUUUCUUAAAAAACUUGAGUUGCAUUAACUCUAAAUUUUAGAUUAAGAUGGUAUAAAAAAUUUGUAUAAGACUGCACAACCUAAUAUAUACAGUAUGUAGGCCUAUAACUUAAGACAUGUCCAUUAAUAAAUCAUUUCUCCUUGUUAUUUUGGGGAUGAGAUCUUAGAGAAUUCAAUAGCUCUAUAUCUGAGAGGGAUUUAACCAACAUCCUGUGGACAAAUUAGCAUCAUCUUCACUAUGAAUAAGCACUUAAACCUGGCAAAUACGGGGGAAGUUUUGGCAAUAUAUCGCAGCCAGCAGCUUCAAGUACUGUAUGUCUUUUAAGUUCAUCACUUGCUGUACUGUGACACCUUAAUCUCAAAAAAACAACACCUUUAAUAAUAACACUUUAAUCCCAUUAUUUUUGCAUUGAUAAAAUAGAAGCAGCAACAAGGCAAAAGGAAAUAGAGGAUUAUAAGGUGAGCUGUUAACCUUUUCUAGCACUGCUCUGGGAAUUUUCCAACUAUGGGACACAUUUUUGAAAUAACUGGACUGUAUACUUUGACCUGGUCCCAACUAAGGGCUCAAAUUAUUAAAGACAGGUCACUGUGGUGACUUAGUGUCAUUUCUAACAUCUCCCUAAAAUCCUACUCCUGUUGCAAAAUGCAGAACAUGUAUGUUCCCUACAAUUAAUGCAAAUGUAUGUUGUUUUUGUGGUGUAGAAAGGAUAUUAUUCCUCUUUUUUUUCCAAAAGUAGUGCACACGAACUCCAGCUAAUUUUAUGAUGACAAAAGUUUUGUAAAUACUUGCUGUGUAGAUAGCUUGUUUGACUGAGUGUGUAUGAAAUACACAGUGUUAAUCGGUAACAAUGUAAACAUGAAUUGUAUAUAUUGGUAUGGUAUUUUUUUCCUGCUACUUGAAUUAAACUUCACACUGCUUGUUUCUGUAUCCGUCGAAACAAUACUACAAAACCCAACAUGAAAUAAAUGUGUAUUUUUUUUA